UAAGCAUGAAGCAGAUAAAGACAGACCCAACUGUCAUAUUCUUCAUUUUCUCUACAGUAAGACUAUAAAAACUUUAUGCUCUCUUCUUUCAUUUAUAGUUCUCUAUCAAUAGUCUACACAUAUGGAAACUCGCUUCCUCCUAAGACUAAGAGAUCAUCAUGUUCUCUUUGGCCUUGUAAUUUGGGCAACAUUAGUGCUUCCGAGUCUUAGCAUUUCUGUAAGAUCAUGCUCUUUCCCGGCCAUGUUCAACUUUGGGGACUCAAACUCAGACACCGGGGGCCUGUCUGCAGCUUUUGGACAAGCCCCUUACCCAAAUGGAGAGACUUAUUUCCGCACCCCAUCCGGACGCUACUCUGAUGGGCGUCUUCUAAUUGACUUCAUAGCGGAAAGCUUGAGAUUGCCUCAUCUGAGUGCUUUUCUGGACUCGGUGGGUUCAAACUUCAGCCAUGGAGCCAAUUUUGCCACAGCUGGAUCAACCAUAAGGCCCCCAAACACAACCAUAUCACAAAUUGGGGUCAGCCCCAUUUCUUUAGAUGUGCAGCUUGUUCAAUUCUUGGACUUCCGUACAAGAUCCCAAAUAUAUCAAAAAAAAGGUGAAGUAUUUGGUAAAUUGCUGCCCAAGAAAGAGUAUUUUUCUCAAGCCCUUUAUACCUUUGACAUUGGCCAAAAUGAUCUCACUGCUGGCUACAAACUCAACCUCACCACAGAACAAGUCAAGGCUUAUGUUCCAGAUGUACUGAGCCAGCUCUCUCAUGCCAUUAAGAUUGUAGAUGAACAAGGAGGAAGAUCAUAUUGGAUACAUAACACAGGCCCACUGGGCUGCCUCCCUUACGUUCUGGACCGCUUCCUCGUCAACCCGGCCCAAAUAGAUAAAUAUGGGUGUGCAGAUCAGUUCAAUGAGGUGGCCCAAUAUUUCAACCAAAGACUAAAGGAAGCUUUGCUUCACCUUAAGAAAGAUCUUCCACUGGCUGCAAUCACCUAUGUUGAUGUCUACUCAGUAAAGCGCACCCUUAUCACCCAAACCAAAACAUAUGGAUUUGGGAAUCCCCUUAUAGCAUGUUGCGGGCAUGGUGGGAAAUAUAAUUACAACAGGUACGCGAAAUGUGGGACCAAGAAGACGAUCAACGGCAUCGAGACGGUCAUCGCGAAAUCAUGCAAUGAUCCGACGGUUCAGAUCAACUGGGAUGGGGUCCACUACACUGAGGCCGCGAACAAGUGGAUAUUCCAACAAAUUGUGAAAGGCUCCUUUUCGGACCCGCCAAACCCUUUGAAAAUGGCCUGUCGUAGAAGUAGAAAGGACCACUGAAUCACUAAUCUCUUGUGGUGUGUUUUCUUCUUUUGCCUUUCCACAUGCCUUUUUCAUCUUCUAAAAGGACUUUACAAAAGUGUCAAGUGAGAAGUGAACAACCUUUUCACUUAGAAUAAAUUAUUGGGCUUGUUUUUUUGCGAAACAAGAAUAUGAAGCAAAAGUAUAUGGGCCACCAACGGCCCAUCCAUCUCAUGCAGGAAUC